CCCUCGAGGCUGGAGUUUCCUCGUAUAAAUACACCACACGCCAAAUUCAGCCACAGUCUUUCAUUAUUUAACCGCUUUUGUUCAAGGAGCGUUUCUUGCCUUUUCUUCUUAUCUUUGACGAUCAUGGACUUCCAAUCUCACGCUUUGAAAUGCUCCGACGAUUCGUCAACGUCUUCGGACCUGGUUCUUUAUUCUUUCUGGCGGAGCUCCUGCUCGUGGCGUGUUCGCUUUGCGUUGAACCUCAAAGGGCUUUCUUACGAGUACAGAGCAGUAAACCUUGGGACAAGAGAACAAUUAAGUCCAGAUGCAGAUUUUGAGAGCCUAAAUCCUCUUAAGUAUGUUCCUGUAUUAGUUGAUGGUCCUGUGGUAGUUUCAGAUUCGUACGCGAUUUUGCUGUAUCUGGAAGAAAAAUAUCCACAGAAGGCGCUGCUGCCGACUGAUCUUCGGUUAAAAUCUCGUCAUCUUCAAGUGGCAAGUAUAGUCAGCUCAAGCAUACAACCUCUUAUUAUGUUGGAAUUGCUGAAAACCAUCGGGGAAAAUUUUGGACCAGAAGAGCCGCUGCCAUGGGCACAAUCCAAUUUAGAAAAAGGCUUCAAUGCUCUUGAGAAGCUGGUGAAGGAUUUUUCUGGCCAAUAUGCCCUGGGAGAUGAAGUACAUAUGGCUGAUGUAUUUUUGGCUCCCCAAAUUUCAAGUGCUAUUGAGAACUUCGGCAUUGACAUGUAUAAGUUUCCUACCUUAGCAAGGAUUUAUGAAUCUUACAAGACGAUACCAGAAUUCCAAGCCUCAUCGCCAGAAAGGCAACCCGAUGCCCUUCAUUAAGUCGUUCUUCUUCACAUUAUUGUACUACUAGACGUCUCACUUGUACUUAUAACUUGUUAUUAGUUGCCUGCAAAAUGUGUAGAUAGAUAAACUUACUCAUCAUGCAUGGAGACUCAGAUCAUUGAUGCCUCUUGAAAAUUUCCUCCAGUCCUUUUGUUUUUUUUUUUUUUUCCAGUUUACUCUAAUUAAUCUUCUAUGUACGUUGCUCGGCUUCUAGGUGGAAGGGAAAAAACCGUUUUGUGCUAAUAUUUACUAUGUUAUUCAAUUUUGUUAA